AUGGCGAAAUCUAAUUCGAAAUACUUCAUCAUCUUGCUGAUAAUCACAGCAAGCUUGAUAACUGGUGUGAUAAUCUGGUUGAGGAGGUGGUCAAUACCAAUUGACGACACUAUAAGAGCGGUUCAAGCGGCUUUGAACCUAGGUUCAACGAGUCUUAGCAACGGAGAAGUGGAUAAAUGCACCGCUUACCAGAACCGCGAGGACAAGUUCGCCGAGGAACAGUUUUCCGGUUGGGACAACGACUCUGACAAGCUGAGUGAGUUCGCGCUCUUUGGAGUGAAGCUCCUGGACUUUUGUGCGACCUACAAUUCGUCUUACUGGGAUAACUACCAGAAGAUUGUCACCAACAUGGUGGAAACCUUGAUAGCCAGGUUGGAGAAGGUGAACCCCAAGAAGCUGGAGUUUGAAAAAGCACCUUGGGGAGAGAACCGAUUUGCUUUCUUCGCGCAUGUCACCCGGUUCUUGGCGAUGUACGAGUACGUUGGAGAAGAGGACUAUCUAAAGUGGAAAUGUCAUGACCAGCUGAUGCUGAUGGUUCCGACGAUUGGACGGGCAAUGCGUUCUAUUGAGUUGGAGAAUGAAGAAGGAAUGAAUCUGCUUUAUCAAGCGGUUCCUAGACUCUGCUCCAACUACAUGUUCGACCGGGAGGAGUAUCAGCGGGACCUCGAUAAUCCGAACUUCAUCAAGUUGAAGAAGUUCAUGAGCUUCGAACGGGUGCUGCAGGAAAGACCUACUACUAAUGGAAUCUACCGUGAUGACUCCUGGGUGAUCAAUGGCAACGUUCCGAGCUAUAGUGCGUUGCUUAGGUUCUACAAUUAUCACGAACGAGUUUACCAAGCUCUAGGGUUCAAGACUCCGAUCAGGGAGAUUGCUAAGUCGGUGUUGGAGAAACUGAUGCAUCCGACGAUCAAGUACCAGCCACUGGGACUGGUCAACAAUCAUGGAGAAGUUUUCAAUGAUAGAUCAUACUGGGGCAUUGUCCCGUCAGCUAAUGGGGUGAACAUCAUGCCUUUCAUAGGUUUAGCGGUCUUCAAGACUGACGAGUUCCUGUUUCACAUAAGGGUUCAGCGACCUCAGUUGGCUGCUUUUGAAAUUGAAGAGUAUGUUGAUGUUAAAUUGGGUAUUGGCGCGCUUCAGAUGAGGAAGAUCUACCUAACUAAUGGGAAGUACAAUAAGAUUUUCAAGUGGAAUGAUUUAAAAUGCCAACCUGGUAUGAUGAGCUUGGUCAAUGAAGCCGAUAUAGAUUAUAGCGGGGAGCUGAAGCUUGACAAAAAUUACAAAAUCAAGUCUAUCUUCACUCGUCAGGGGGACAUUACUUCCUGCAUUGGACGCCUGGAUGACAAACUGGUAUUCUGGUACAACUAUUACUUCUUCUCACCUUAUAGGGUAUUUGUUACCGAAGUGGGGGUCGUUACCAGUAAAGGGGUUCAGACUUGCUUUCAAAUUGAUAAUACGUUCAAAAACGACCUGCAGUUUGCUUGGAAGGAUGAUGAGGCUCGGAUUUCUUGCCAAGUUACUUCUUGCAAAGAUCGCCGGCGUGAUGAUAUUUAUGCCGCUAUGACGGAAGUUACUUUUGCACGAAAUGAUAAGUUUAUCAAGUACAAGGCGAAACAUAUAACGCUUUUACAGUGGAAAAUGAUGCUCUCUAACAGUCCUGAUGAUUAUGAGGUUAAUUUAGAACCAAAAUUUUCCUUUAAGUAUAAUAAAGACAAAUACGAAGUAACUUUCGAUGAAAAAGGCAGGUACUAUGUCAGCAAAGGAACCACUGUUAUUCUGGGCGGGUCAUCGAGCAGUAACCCCAUUGACUCUUUUACGAUUCAAAUUACGCUAAAUCCUAUUUAUGGUAAAUAUAAAUUUACCAGAAAUCCAAAAACAAUGAUGUACAAUCCUGAAUUGGUUAGUUAA